AUGUCUGAAGCAGCAACCAGGAAGAAAGAGAACAAGCCGUCCGACGAUCAAUCAGGCCAUAUAAAUCUCAAACCCAAAACGCAGGAUGGGAAUAAAGUCUUCUUUAGGAUCAAAAGAAGCACCCAACUGAAGAUAUUAAUGAAUGCUUAUUGUGACCAACAACCAGUGAAUUUUAAUUCAGUUUCCUUCUUGUUUGAUGAUCUUAGAGCAGAUCAAACUCCAGAUGAGCUGGAGAUAAAAGACGGUGAAGAAAUUAAUACAAUGCUGCAUCAAACCAGAGGAAUAUUUCUUUGA